AAUUCGAUAGCACGUUGCAUUCCUAGUCGUAAUACCGUGGUUCUUUAUUAUAUAAUUUAGUAAAAAAUCAAAACAAACAAAUCACACGCCGAGUGUUAGGUGUGCGGAGUUACCACUGUAAACAAUGGUAGCGAGGUGACAAUUGCACACAUUAUCGCACCAGCCACUACAGUAGCAACAUGAAAGACGAUGAUGACUCCGAGGCACAGAAUGCAUACGCAACAAAAAAAACAACAACAAGAAGAGCACCACCACCCACAGCACUAAAGCUGGGUGUAUCAUCUAGCCAUGCGAGCAUCUUCACAGAGCGCUUCUUUGGCGCCUUCCAGUGGGAGGAGUUCGCCUGCGGAUGCGGAGCAGCGUUUGUCAACAUUUCCGCCACAUAUCCCAUCUACAAAAUGAUCUUUCGGCAAAUGCUUCAUGGCGUGCCCAUCAAAUCUGCCUUCGGUCAGCUGCGGCAUGAGGGGCUUAGCUUUCUGUACCGAGGAAUGCUGCCUCCAUUGGCACAGAAAACCAUUUCGUUGUCCAUAAUGUUUGGCGUGUUUGAUGGCACGAGGAGAUAUCUGGUGGAAGACUAUCGCCUGAAUGACUACGGUGCCAAGGUGAUUGCCGGCGUAGUGGCGGGUAGUGCUGAAUCCAUUCUCCUGCCCUUUGAACGCGUGCAAACGCUGCUGGCGGACUCGAAAUUCCAUCAACAUUUCUCCAAUACCUCAAAUGCUUUCAGAUAUGUAGUGGCCCAUCAUGGAUACAGGGAGCUCUACAGGGGUAUAGAACCAGUAUUUUGGCGCAACGGACUGUCCAAUGCAUUCUUCUUUGUGCUCAGAGAAGAGGCCAGCGCUCGGUUACCCAACAGGAAAUCGGUGUCCAGCAGAACUGCCCAGGAAUUCAUAGCAGGAGCCGUCAUCGGUGCCAGCAUCAGCACAAUAUUCUACCCCCUCAAUGUGAUCAAAGUAUCGCUGCAAAGUGACAUGGGCCAUCGGUCGGAGGGCAGUUGGCAUGCAUGCAAAAGAAUUUAUCGCGAACGCGACAGCCGCAUUGGGAAUUUCUACCGCGGCUGCGCCUUCAACACGGCACGUUCCUUCAUCAGUUGGGGCAUCAUGAACACGGCCUACGAGAACCUGAAAAAACUGAUGCACGAGCAACCGCAAAUACCACAAAUGCCGCACACAUCUCCGAUAUCUUCAAGUAAGUGAGGUGAGGCGAAAGGAGGCUGCAUUAUGUAUUAGGUUGCAUGUACUCCAAAGCUGAAUGUACACACACACAAAACUCUGUUAAUUCUGCCUUUUAGCUAGCAAAUUUUCUUUCGUGUUAAGUCUCUUUUAAGUCGCCUAUGCCGAGAGGCUGAGAUUUAGGUAAUUAUUGUACAUACACACACAUCCUAUAAGCCAAAAUGUUCUGUGUGGCUUUUGUCAGCAUUUAAAUAAACCCAACCCUACUACAA